AGAUAAUGGCAACUGCAGUCUUCAGGGAUGUGCGGGAGCAGACGUGUAUCCUACUUCGCGCACGAACCGGGGCACUGGCUGCGCCCAGCGGCCGGCGACGACGGCGGCGGGUUCACCUGCGACGGCUGCCUCGUCGCCGGCGCCGGGGCGCGGUACCGGUGCGCCCGCGGGGGCUGCGGCUUCACGCUGCACGAGGCGUGCGCGCGCGGGUUCCCGAGGACGCUCAAGUCCCCGGUCCACCCGCAGCACCGGCUGAAGCGCCGCAAGAGCGCCUCUGACGGCGGCGGCGGGGGGUGCGAGGUGUGCGGCGAGGACGUGAAGGGCGCGUGCUACGCCUGCGCGGCGUGCGGGAUCGCCCUGCAUCCGCUGUGCGCGCGGAUGCCGGGGAAGGCCCAGGGCGCCGCGCAUGGCGGCGCCGUCGGCGGCCACGAGGCGUGGCUCGUCCGCGCCGGCGCCGCGCCGGCGCCGGGUUCGGGUUCGGGUUCGUCGUGCGCGGCGGCGGCGUGCGGGCGCCCGCUGGGCGCAUGGCGGUACCGGUGCCUGACGUGCGGCGCGGAGCUGCACCCGCGGUGCCUUGUGCCGGCGGCGGACCAGUUCAUCCGCCACCGCGGCGGCGGCGGGGAGCGCGCGGCGGCCGCGCAGGGGUGCUGCGGCGCGCUGCUGCACGACGUGACCAGCUGCUGCGCCAUCUCCAGCUACGGCUUCUUCUACCGUUUCGACUGAUUCCGUCCGCCGCCAUGCAGGCAUCGUGCAAGAACAACAGAUACGAAUAGAUAAUUAGAUACAAGUAAAUUAAACUCAUUGUUUUUUUUAGGGUCACGGGGGGUUCCCCCACCUGAAUUUUCAUUGAAAGGCUUUUUGGAAGCCAAAACAGCUAUUACAGAGUAGUUAAGCAUUGCUAGGAAAAAACGUGGGGAGAGGACUACAGUUAUCGUUUACAUAUUGGAGAACACAGCA